AUGCUUACAUCUUCUCCUUCCUCUUCUACUCCCUCUUCUCCAAGCAUGUUCCACCAAAACCUUGUCCAAAAAGGUCCCGCCGUUCCCCCAGCUGCUCUAAAUUACAUUUCUGAAUUGGACAACUUGAUUUACGCCCUUUCGCUCCUCCCCAACGUUCGGCGUCUGACCAUCUACAAACAACUUCCCUCCAAAGAUUCCAUACCAUGCAGAGAACUCUACCGUCUCUUCUUCCCCCACAUCGGCCAGCUCUUUCCACAGCUCGGAGACCUUUCCUUCUUCUCUGAACACGUCCCUCUCGAGACCUUUCUUCCUCGGCUUCCUCGUCUCCGCAAACUGCGAUUUACGGGUUUCUCGCCCACGUCGCCUACCAGAACCUUAGACGUACUCGGCGCAUUAAAGUUCCUUGAUACAUUGGAAUUGGUUGGUCCGCCGCCUGGAAUGAGCUAUACAAACAGAAACAGACAAGCUUCUGACUCUCUUGACUAUUUGCUAACCCCAACUCGCCAUCGCCAUGGCACGCAGGUACUACUCUCCAUCACGCCAGAAGUCGUUGCCGGUUUGAAACCACUGAAACACGUGGUCAUUCACGAGAUUAAGGAAAUAUACGACACCACCCCCUAUCAUGCUGCUUCCCACCUCCCUCCAGCUUCAACAUCUUCUUCCCGCUCAUCCACAACCCCUGGUAUAUUCCUCACUUCCACUUUUCUCUCCGCAUUAUAUCGCUCCCAUGUUUCCAGCCUCAUCUCGCUCAAAAUCCACUCUGAUAUCCCCCUUUCAUCUACCACACUUGAGGCACUGCGAUUAUUAUUGUCCACUUCGACCACACUCAAGGAGUUAGUGCUCGUGUGGCCAAUUCCUCCAGACAUGGACAUGGAUUAUAUGGAUUUGUUUGAGCAUCUCCCGCCGAGUCUGCAAAAAUUAAGUCUGUGGGUUGAGUUGUCGCCUGAUGUGCUCGCCAUCUUGGCUGCGCUCAUGAAGAUAUUUGUGCCUAACACCAUCAACGACAACGACAACAACGGGCUAAAUAGAAGGGUCAGGUAUUCGGCGUUGAAGAAGAUAGUGUUACUGGUACCAAUAGCGGAACCACGACAUGAUCGAGGAGGUGCAAGUGGGAGAUUCGGAAUGUAUUACAACCGCAAGAUUCUCGGGUCUGGAACUGCUUGGAAAAGUCUCAGCAAUCACGCAAUACGUGCAGGGCAGAAUGGCUGCACAGUAGACUGUGAAGACAGCAGAGUACCGUCCCAUGGAGAAAAUUGUGGGAGUAGGGUUUUGAGCGGGAAUACAUGUGCCCCAGAAGAAGAUGACGAUGCAUUUCAGCGGGGUAUUGAUCAGGCGUUGGCUAGAUUAGAAAACGCUGGGAUAAAGGUAUCUGUUGAAUGGGGACGGUGUCCGAGUUGCUUGCAUGAGGACUAA